AUGGCUCGUACAGUUCCAGUUGCCCCUACGCCGAAGCUCUUUGAUGAGUACGAAAUGCCGACGAGCGCAACACACAAGGCGCGGAUCCGUUUGUUGCAAAUGCGGAGACGCUUUCGAGCUGCCUUCGACGACGUCGCUUGGGAACAGAAUCUGCAGAAGGUCUACGAAAACGCUGAUAGCCACCAGCUUAAGCAAUUCGAGAUCGACCCAAUGCCACUUAACGAAUCUUCGUUUGAGCUGCUCUUGUCAACAGUGGGCGAUAUCAUUGAGACCAGCUCUAUGGAAAAUGUUGCAACAGCUUCUGACGAGGACAAAAUGGCUCUGAUCGACGCUGUGAUGCGGGCCGUCUGUCGCGAAUGUACUAGCCAAAUGAAGAUCGAGCGCAAUGUGACGUUCAAGGGCAAAGCUCUUGAGUCUUUCGGUCGUGUGGACCUGCUUCGCUAUGGAAACCUCGAAAACGCGAUAAUUACGGCCUUGCUCGAGCGGCUGGAAAAGGAUCCUCAGAUGAACGAACAUAUCUACGGUGUCGUCUCGGACUUGUUGACGUGGCAAGUCAUGGAGGUGGAUGCUGAAGGUGCACGAUUCUGCACGCUUAUCGUUAAUGAGAAUGAAAAAGAGGAUGGUCUCCGUAAUGUUAUUGGAUCGCUUGCAGCUCUACUGCAGGGGAAAGAAGCUCGUGACGUGUAA